AUGAUUAACAUGAAAUUAAAAAAUCCAAAGUCAUUGUCUACACUUUUGAAUAUGUAUUUGAAAAGCAUCCAUAAUCCUUUGAACUUUCAAGAAUUAAUCAAUUAAUUAUUAAGUGAUGCUACCUUUUUACCAAUGUAUGGACUGACCGAUUAAUAAAAACUGGAACAUAGAACUAUUUUUACAAAUAUUUAACUUGGGAAUAACUAAAAUCUAGGGUAAAUUAAUAGGCUAAAUUAGCACAAUAAUAGGAAUGACUGUUUUAGGUAUGAUUGGUUUCCUAGCACUUGGAUUUACUUUUUUAGGGGCAAUUGGAGGAGGAGCUAUUGGGAUAAUUUUGGGAAGGUAUUUAGGAAGAAAAAUCUCCAAAAGAAUUGCUACUAAAGGGAUAAAUGUAACCGAAUUUGAUAUAUUUGUUAUUCGAGUAAAAUGCCUGCUUAAAUGGGUAAAUUUCAGUUCUAUAAAUUAGGGUAAAUUGAUAAUGGUCAAAUAUACAAAUGAUAUUAACUUAUAAAGAUUUUGUAUUGAAAGAAUUUUAACUGAAAUCAAGCCUCUAUUACACUAUAAGUAUUUUGAUGAAAAAUUUCAAAAAGAAUCUUAAGCUUUAUUGUGCAAAAUUAGAGAACAACUAUCAAAAGAACAAUCUAUAUAUGCUUUGAGUCUCAGUUAUAAAUUAACAAAAGAAUAUAUUUAAAUAAUUGAUUAAAAAAUUAUUUAUUCAAAAUUUAGUACUUAUGAAGUAAAUACUUAUUAUCAUAGAUAAAUCAUUAGAUAUCAUAUGUUUUAAAUGAGACUGUUUCAGAUGUACUGAUUCCUUUAUUAACUUUAUAUUAGAAUGUAGAAAAGUUUGAAAAAAGUGAUGUAAUCUAAUUAUUGGUAAAAAAAAUAAAAAAAUUAUAAGUUAAUAAAAUAGUAUUAAAAUGUUAAUAAAAUUAUUUUGAUUAAUAACUUUCAAUAGAAUUUAUCAAAAUGUUUGCUGCUAAGCUCAAUUAAAAAGUUAAAAUUGAAGAUUUGGAAAAAUUUUUAUAAAUACAAAAUUAUAGGGCUUAAUAAUAAAAUAGAGAGUAAAAUUCUUCAAAUAAAAAUUAACAAAGAAGAAAAAGUUAAGGAGAUAUGGUUUCAAUUUUUGAAGAUGUAGAUUAAGAAUUUUAAGCUCAAGUUCCAUUAAUAAUGAAAAACUCAGUAAGAGCAAGGGCAAAAUCAUGUGAUGACAAAAAUGACUAACAAAUUAAUUUAAAAUAAUCUCAGUAAAUUAUCAAUUAAAAUUAAUAAUAACAAUAAUAAUAACCAGUUUAAUAAUCAUCAUAAAUUCUGUUUGAAAAAACUGAAAAAAGAGGAUCUUAAUGCAUUUCAGAGAAUUUGAUUUAACAAACUUAAUUACAAUAGAUUAUAUAACUUUAAAUGGAAAGUUCAUAACAGCGCUCUUAAAUGCAAAGAAAAUCACAAUUAAUUUAAGAUAAUUAAGUUAAUUCAGACAGAGCCUUCUAAUUAUCAGCCGAGUUGGAAGAGAAAUUUAAACUAUUAGUUGGCCUAAUUGAAGAACCUAUUGAAGGAUGGGAAAUUAUCUUAAAAAAGGAAAAUUUGAUCAUUUAUAAAACUUUCAAACCUGGAAACCCAGCAGUAUUUGUUAAAGGCCAUAGUGAUUUAAUAGGAAUUUCUAUAGAUGUACUUUUAAAGGCAAUACAUAAUGAAAAAUAUAGACAAAAAUGGGAUAAAAUUUUGCUGAGUUUUUAAGUUUUGGAAAGAGAAUCAGCAAUAGUAGAUAUAAUAUAUUACUACGUUAAAAGUCCACCUUGUGUAGAUAACCGAGAAUUUUGUUAAAAAAGAAUAUUGAAAUAUGAUUUUCCAUAGCCAGGAUAAAUUUGUCUUUUGUAUUUUAGUGUGGAUCAUAAAAAAGCCCCUAAAUUCAAAGGACAUAUAAGAGCUGAAACAUUAAUUUCAGGUUAUAUUUUAGAAUCUAUUCCUGGUGGAAGUAGAUUGUAUUUUUGUUCAAAUAAUGAUGUCAAAGGUGAUAUUCCAAAAGUAAGAAAUUUAAUAAUUAUAAAUAGAGUUUAGUUAAUUACGUUGCUUCCAGAGCUCCUAUAAGUUGGAUUAAUUCAUUAAGAAAAGGAUGUGAGGAUUACAAUAAGAUAAUGUAAUAAAUUUAAUCUUGAAUAAUUC